AUGAAAAAAAGGAAAAAGAAGAGUAAGUUUGUACAGUGGUUGCACUCCCUCUCCAUUAAAGUGCACCUCACAAACAGCCGAGGCCUGCACUGUAAUCUCAAUGCAGUCCAUUACCACCUUGAGACUGACAAGGCGCACUUACUCUUCUUGACUGAGACGCAGAUCAGAUGUCCUCUAGAUGCGGCGUACCUUGGCUACCCUGGGUACACAUUGGAGCAUAAUUUCCAUCAGCGCGCCGGAGUCUGUGUUUACGUCCGCAACGACAUCUGCUGUAAGCUUCUCCGUCACCCUGAAGACCCUACUUUCUCUACGAUCUGGGUAUUGAUAGACACAGGAAUGGAUAAAAUUAUUUAUUCUUGUGUCUACCGAUCGCACAGCGGCGACCAGCCGAGCUAUUCACAAUCGUCUCGGAAAGCGAAAUCGACUCGGAUUUGA